AUGCGCCUCAGGGUCGAAGAUGCUCUAGCUUAUUUGGAUCAAGUUAAAGCGAGAUUCGCAAGUCAAGGCGAUAUAUACACAGAUUUUUUAGAUGUUAUGCGGGAGUUCAAAGCCCAGACUAUUGGUACCGAAGCCGUCAUACGCCGUGUACGGGAAUUGUUUCGUGGUCACGAUGACUUAAUAUCCGGCUUUAACACCUUCAUACCACAGGGCUUGAGAGGUGGUAGUGCGGGUAGCCAAAGGAUCGUACAGUCGCCUGUCUACCAGCCUCCCCCGCCAUGUAUUAGUCCGGCUCCUCCUUGUGAUCCCAGCACUAGAUCACUUACCUCUAGUGGUCGUUCAUCUGACCCAUGCGACCAAGCCACAAUUAGUGUUCAUCAACUUGCUCAGCCCUCCGUUUUACCGACAGUUCCAGGAUUACGUACUCCCAACCAUCUGUUCACGAGUCACAUCGGAGUGGCACCUCCAGCUGGGCCACGAGUCCAAACGCCCACUACGAAAAUCGAAACUUUUAUCCAUAACCAACAGUCUGGGCCCUUUCUGGAUGCACAACACGGCUCUUCACUCCGCGAACUUUAUCCAUCACACAAUAUUACUACUCUAGGUUUUAAUUCCCAAAAUCGCUUUCAAGGAAAUCCAGAAGUAUAUCAGCAAUUCCUUGACAUUUUGCACUGGUAUCAAAGAGAACAAAAGAAUACUGAUGCUACUCAUAGAAAAUUGGCGGAGAAUACGGUGUAUCAGGACGUUGCUAAGCUGUUUGAUGGACAAGAGGAUUUACUUGAAGAAUUCCAUCAGUUUCUUCCCGAGUCAUCUCCUCUCCCUAAUUGCACAGUUGAAACACCAAGCAAAAAAAGCACCUCUCUCGUCGAACACAUGUCUCUUACAUCUAGUGGUCCACGUGGACACCCGGAAUCGAGAAUUCGUGACGUGGGAGCUGUUACUCCAUACUCAACACCAUCUUCAAGCAUUCCAGCUGUUUCUCCUCCACCGAAUCAGCCCCCUGCCCAAGAAUCAAAAAAGAUCAAACGUCUAGCAUCUAACUCAAUUUCCCCAAAUGUACCAGUUCUCGCCAAAAAAUCGCGUCAUUAUCGUGAUGUCAGUCUCGUAGAUUCUGCACAGCAUGGAAGUGCACAUGAUAUGGCGCUUAUAUCAAAGAUUCGCGAUGCAUUGGAUGCUGAUGCUUCCUCGGGAAAUCGUAUAUACAACGCUUUUCUUCAAAAUAUUUAUCUUUUCAAUAAAGGUCAGCUUGCAAAAGAGCAGCUUCUAGAGAGUACAAAACCUUUCUUCUCCAGGCAUACAGAACUUUGGAGAAGUUUUAGAGACCUGAUAAACGUAAGUCUAUAUUAUUACUUAAAUUAA